AUGCCACACCCACCUCGCCGAGAUGACAUAGCGCAGGAGCUGCAGAUGCUGCAGGAUGCCGCCGAUCUGACGCCUGCACUCUUGCCCGGCGCCGUGUCAUCUGUUCUGCACCCACAGAAGUGGACGGAAGAGCAAGUUCGCGAAUGGUGGGACAAGCGAACAAAGAGGACCAAGGAGGUGGAGCCGCUUUCCAAGGGUACUGAUGGUCGCAACAUCAUGCGAUGGAAUGUCAGCCGAUUUGAGCAGAUGUGCAAAGGUGACAGCAACCUUGCUGCAGCUUUGUACCAGGACUUGAGGAACGAAGUCCAACGCUUCGAGCAUUACCGCAAGACUGGUGUUGUUUUGAAGGUGGCAUCUAUUGCACCUAAGCCAGGGCCUUGCCAAAAAAGACGGCCCUCCGCGACGAGAUCAAAGCCGGCCCCGACGGCCUGCCAGACACAGCCACUGCCCAAAAAUGGAUUGCAGUUCAACCCGGCAACCAGGGGAGCUAGACAGAGCUUUUUGGAGACAAAUCCCAAGCCGAAAUUCCUCACCACCAGCAAUCUCAAUCCAGAUAAAGCUGUCCAAAAGAUCGGCGGCGGUUCCCAGGAGCGGAAAGCCGCAAAGGUCGCGCCCGCCCCAAAGGCACAGCACCGCUCCUCGAGCAACGGCGCGUCGGGACGACAAAAGCCGGCACUGCGCCAGGCAGCCUCCAAGGAUGUUGGUUUUCUCGGGGAAGCUCCCAAGCGAGAUCCCCUCAAGUUCAACGAUCCACCUGAGAGAAGACGAUCCUUGGUCAUGGAAGACAUCAGCGAUGCCACUUUGCAUCAGCUUAGCACGGCACCCCGAGUCAGCGAGAAGGUCGAGCCCGAGAAGCCAAAGGCCAUGGACGACACUGCAAUCAUACGGCGUACCAAAUCGGCACGCUUGGCGGGAGACACUAAAGGAAAGGAGCCGGAAGAGGAUGCAACCAGACAGAUGUUUGACAAACGGGAGUUGCGGAAGAGGCACAAAGACACGUAUGCACAACACAUCAAAUCUUGGUGUGAACGGCGCUCUGGUGAGGAAAGCUCAGCACCGGAGCCUUGUCGCGUGCGGGUCUAUGUUCGAAAGCGUCCUCUCUUCCCACACGAGGAAGAGGCGGACGAAUUCGAUGUUGCAACCGUGACGGGCCGCACGGUCAUCAUGCACAAUUGCUUGACCAAGGCAGACCUGCGAUCGCUUUUCGUGUCUCAUAUGGGGUUCCAGUUUACUCAUGCCUUUCAUGAGUCGGUGUCGGACGAUGAAGUCUACCAACGUUGUGCAUCUGCAGCAGUGCAGCAUGUGCUGAGUGGUAACAUCGCGGCGCUCUUUAUGUUCGGACAGACUGGAAGUGGAAAGACACAUACAAUGACCGGGCUGCUCCAAAGAGCUUCUGCACACAUCUUUCAGCAGGAAAGCAAGGUCACGCUUACAGCUUUUGAAAUAGCUGGCAAAGUGAUGCGCGAUCUUUUGGACACCAGCCCCAAGGAGCUCAAAAUUCGGGAGGACAAGAGCGGCAAGACGCAGAUUCUUGGUCUUCAAACACAUGACGUGUCUAACGCUGCCGAUCUCUUGCGAAUCCUGCGCGAUGCACAGGCACACAGAGCCACUCGAGCUACGCAGGUCAACGAAACUUCUUCCCGCUCCCAUGCUGUCUUCCGCAUUUCCAGAGAUGCAAAGGAUAGCAAGGACAGCGUGGCUACGCUCACUCUGGUGGAUUGCGCAGGCAGUGAACGCCGGGAGGACACCACCCAGCAUGAUGCUCGAAGCCGUCGAGAUGCGGCAGAGAUUAAUUCUACAAUUUUCGCCUUGAAGGAAUGCUUCCGGGUCAUGCGCUCCUCCAAGGGCCAGCCACCGUACCGAGAGAGCUUGUUGACACGGGUUCUUUCUGACAGCUUCGCUAGCGAUCAAGCGAUGGUCGUGGCAAUUGGCACUGUGAGCCCGUCCGCGAAGGACACUGAGCAUUCCAUCGGGACCCUUCGCGCCUUACAACAACUCCAAGGUACUCAGAUGAGUUUUGAGGAACGAACAGACCUGGUAAAGCCAAAGCAGGAGGUAGAAGUUCAAGCUCAUCCCAAGACUUGGUCAGAGACGGAGGUGCGCCAGUGGUUUCAGGAAGCCUGUGGCGGGAAAGCAAAGGCGUUUGCUGCAAACAUCUCGAAAGGCACAGACGGCAAGAACUUGCUACGUUGGCCCAACCAACGCUUCACCCAGCAAUGUGAGGGCGACGAGGAUCUUGGCAACCGCUUGUACCAGGAGCUCCGCUUGCGGAUGCGAGCAGCAGGAGGGCCAGCAUAA